AUGUUGCCUUACGAGGAGAAGGGAUUGAUGAAAGUAGUUACUUACCAGCUUCCCGUUCCUUGCGGCGAUUGCUCUGUACAUCUUCUCAUCGAUGGGGACGGCCAAACACUGAGCGCAUUCAUAAUUGACAGCGGAAGAGAUGCUCAAGGUCUCAAAGCUUGCUACGUUGUCCUUUCCGGACUCAAAAUUAUUACUCGAAUCCACAAUCUCAAGCCGCAUUUCUUGAGAGCAUGGGUUGUUACACAUUGGGACAAGGACCACUACGAGGGAGUGCUCGAACUUCUCCAGCACGAAAAGCUACACCAAGAGCUAAACGAAUAUAUACAAACGGACAACUUUAUGCUCUAUGGAGUAACAAGCAAAAAGGUCAGCGACCUGGUUAAGAAGGCCUUGGCAAGGAGUAAAAUCAUAGCGACCGUAAAACUCGGGCUCGGCGUCAUAGGGUGCAACUUCUUAGGCGAAGAAUUCAACAAAGCUGGUGUCGGUUUCUGGUGUGUUGGCGGUGAUGGCUAUAGCUACGACACUGCCAUCGACUUUAAGAGUCCCCCGACACCCCAAUCUGACAAGAACACACCUAAAAAGCUCCAGUUGUUUUGUGCCGGUGAUGGCAAUGUUCUCCUUGAAAGAAAUAGUAUCUGUCCUAAAGUGUUCCAGGGUCGCCCAGUCAAGGCGUUCAAGUUAGAUCAUCACGGCUGGGAUGUCCUGUUCCUAAUUGGCUGCAUCUACAAUGAAGGCAACUCAAAGCAUGACGGCAAGCUCUUAUACACGACGCGCCUACCUUACUGGGUUGAUGCUAGCAAGUUUGAAGAGUGGUGCAACACUGAUAUGAACCUCAGUGGCCGAAUCUCUGGAUUGUUUCGGUCUGAUGGGCCUCUUUCUGCGGAAACCAAGUUCCUGAGUGGGAAUGAGUUCAAGAAUGCUCUUGAAGAAGACGACGAGGACGAAGAGGAUGAUCCUCCAUAUACUCGUCAAGCUGCUCUCAAAGAUUUCCUUCUCAACAAGCACUAUAAUGACAAUGCGGGUCCGAAUGACUCCAUUCAAUCACGUGUCACAACAGAGCUCGAGGCCUCUAUCAAGGAGGGAACUGAUUGGAAGUAUAAGAUGGAUGACGAAGAUGAGAUGGAUAGGGAGGCGCAGAUAGACACGGAGCAGAAGGCGGACAAAGACAAGAUGGAUGAAGAGGUGAAGAAGGAGACUGUGGAGAAGGCGGGCAAAGACAAAGUGGCGGACAAGGAGAAGAAUAAAAAGAAGAAGAAGAAGAAAGGCGAGAACGACAUGGACACCGAGGACAAACAAACCGUGGUACAGGAGUGUGUCAACAUAUGGAACACAAUCUCAGAGCAAAGUAUCAAGGAAGGUGAGGCACAGGCGAAGUACUACCUGUUACAGCUUAUUUCAGCGAACCACAAUGAUCUUGAUGGAGCUAUCAAGGCUUUUGAAUGGCCAGAAUUGCCAUUUCAAUACAAACUGUAG